AUGAAUAAGUUAGAGUUUUACGUUGUUUUAACUACACAAGUAUGUCGGCGAGCUGCCUACGAAUAUGAUUUGAAAUCAAAAAAAGAGUUGUCUGAGCAAAUUGUAAGAGAAAUUCCAAUUGGUCUCGGUGUAUAUUCCCAUCAAUUUCUUAAGGAUCUCCAUGAUAGUCGUGAUACUGCUGGUACGUGCUUGAAAUUAGACGAAGUAUGUAAGGAUACGGAUCAUAUUUGGGAUGGUGUAAGAAUGAGAGCGACUAGUAAGAGGGUGAACGAUUCAGUUAAAAGAUCAGAGAUGCUAUUGGAAUAUUUUAAUAAAGUCAUAGGUUGGGCCCCCAAUAAUUCCAAAAAUUGGAUUGACCUACAUCACUGUCUGAACUAUGUUUAUAGAAACUUCGCUAGUGCAAGCCCUAGCACUAAUUAUGAAUGUUUGUCAUCUCUUUUCCUGGAUGAAAUGCGAGAUUUCAUACUCAGUUUGAUCAAAGAAGACGAGGCUCAAUUUUUUUUGAGAUUAUUGGCUGCUUUAAGAGAAGCUUGCGAUCGUGCGCUGUGGAAUUUUAUUGAGCAAAAAGACCACCGAAUUACUAGACUAGUUCAAUAUUAUAGAGCUAUAAUAUCAGCUUCGAAACAAAUAAACCACGUACUUUGGGAGUUUACAGGAUGCAUGUAUAAUCAUUAUUGUAAUGAUUGGAUAGACUUUAAUGAAUAUUUAUUUAUCAGAUAUUUUUGGUGCCAAACAUUUGUCCAAACGAAAAUUGAGAAUGCUUUAAGGGUAAGAUGGUUCGUUUAG